GUCGGAGAGACCUAGGUGCGCCGCUGCAUGUGCUCUGUCGCCUAAUUGGGAUCGAUAAAUCCGGUCAGACCGCGAGCGCCUCCCCUUUCCCCCCCUCCUUUCCAUCGGACCCCUUCCCCUUCCGCUCUCCCCACCGCCCUCCUCCCCUCGCUCUCACGCAACCGCGGGCGUCUCCCUUGCGGUGAGCCCACCGCCUAUAAGCCAUCCCUACCGGUAGGAACGGAGGAGCGUCGGAGCUCCUCCAACCUCCCCUCUCCCACCUCAUAACCUCUCGAAAAGGAGAGAGCAAGAGGAAAAAAAAUGCCCGCCCAGAAGCGCCCCCUCCCUCCGCCCUCCGACCACCUUGGCGUCCCCACCGACUCGUCUCCCUUGCCGCCUCCCCGCCCGUCCCAGCAGCAGCAACAGCUGCCGCAAGGCGACGGCGAGCAGCCGCCGCAGCCCAGUCCACCACCGGAGCUGCCGCAGGAAGAAGAUGGCGGUAAAGAUUCCGACGGCGAAGGUGGCAGCCAAUCUUCCGCUGAUGCAGCUGACAAAGAAGAAUUUAUCCUUGUGAAAUUAAUGGACAUACGCAAAGAAGUCCAAUGCCCUAUAUGCUUAGGAAUAAUUAGGAAAACAAGAACGGUUAUGGAGUGCUUGCAUCGCUUUUGCAGGGAAUGUAUUGACAAAUCGAUGCGACUUGGGAAUAAUGAGUGUCCAGCAUGCCGCACGCAUUGUGCUAGUCGGCGUUCUUUGAGGGAUGAUCCAAACUAUGAUACCCUGAUUGCAGCUUUAUAUCCAGAUAUUGACAAGUACGAGGAAGAGGAACUGGAUUUUAGUGAAGAAGAGAAAGCUCGCAAUAAGAAGAUUCAAGCAUCCAUAGCUGAAACAUUUCGGCGACAAUCAGAAGCGCUUGGUAGGAAAAGGGCUGCAAAAGCCACAACUGACAUUUUUGCAAGAAAAUUAAGGGGGAAUUUUCGAGCUCAUGGACAAUAUCUGCGUGUCCGAGGUAGAAUUGGUGGUCGGGAUAGUGCACUUGCCUGCUCUGAUGAUGACGAUGAAGAGGAAGCAAAUGGUAAUGAUGGUGGCAAAGAUUCUUCUUCUGCUGAAGAUCGUUCUCCUGAUGUAAGACAGAAGAGAUGCAGAAGAUGGGGAAUGCCACGGUCUUCACCAGCGAGAACUGCAUGCAAUGUUGAUGGUGAGGAAAAUGAUGACCUAGAAGUCAACAGAGAAAACCUACGCACAUCACCUUUGAGAGCAGGAGAGAUGCUUGCAUGGGGUAAGAAUGGUACACGAAGUCAAACCAGACAUGGUAAUACUAGUGGUUCAAGUGGUAGACUUGUCAGGUUUGGGCGCAUGGCCAAGUUUGCGGACCACAUCCGUAAUUUAGAUGAAACUGAUGCUGAGUUUGAUGUGCACCUGACCUUGCUCCCUCUGGAUGAACAAAGUAUGCCCAAAUUGGAACAUCCAUAUCUUUGCUGCAGUCCAACCUUGUGCAUUAGACACCUUUGCCAAUUCAUUGCUCUGCAAACAUCUGUACAAGCUGAAGAAGUUGAGAUAUAUGUAAGAAAGCCUAAAGUUGGAAGUCAGGCAAUCAACUCCUGCACCACAGUGAAUAAGACCGAGUCUGAUCCAUUAGAGGGCCUGCAAAUAGUGGAAGCACAAGGAUCUCUUGCUAAGCUUCAUGUUUCUUACCCUGCCAAACGAGGGGAUCUGGUAUUGGUGUAUGCUUUAAAAAUACAAAGCUAGAGAACAGCACAGCAUGAGGUCUCCAUUUUUUUUUCUUCCAUUCCCUUCUCUGUUUCUUGUGUGGAUGCAAAAGCUGCCAGUCAACUGCCUUCCCUAAACUGGAGGAUGUAUAUAACAGUGAUACACAUAUAGGAAGAUCAGAGGCCAUUGAACUUCCGAUCAUGAUAUCAUUGUCCAAUGCACUAAAGGUCUUGUAAAGAAUCACGAGUCUAGAAAAUAAAGAUGUAUCGGGUGUUGACUGGAGGGGGCGAGCUAAGCAUGCUGACCUUGUUUGUUAACAAAAAAAAAUUAUGUUACGCUCUUGCUCGGUGAGGGUGGGGGUCUGAAAAUUGUAGAAUCAUGCUUUCAUAACUUAUUGGAAACAAAAAAGGAGGGUAACCUGUUGUAGCAUCUUUGUCCUGCUGUUCCUUUUC